AUGCGGGGAGGCGUGGGGCGCGUGACACCCCGGGAGGAGCAAGCCAUUCCUCCCUCGGGGUCCCGAGCGCGGGCCGGCGGCACGCCUGUGCGCAUCACCGCCACCCCGGCCCCCACCCCGGCCCCCACCCCAGAUGCUCUCCCAUCACACCCGGGUAGGAUUCCAGAAGUGAAACUGCUCGGGGUCACAGCCCAGCGCCGCCGCUGCGCCCCGCCCCGCCCUUCCGGGCACCGCAGCCCUCCAGGAUCUCCCAGCGCUCGGGCGCCUGGCCCGGAGGAAGCUGGGGGAGGGGAAGGGGAAGGGGAAGUGCCCCGCGAGGCAGCCUGCAGAGCGCGGCCUUCUCGCCUGGGGUGCCCGCCCGUCGCCGCGAGUGCGAACCUCGGGAGGCGCCGACCCUGCCGGCGGAGCCGCGGCGGCGCCUGCACUCCCCGCCACGGCCGCUGGGUGUCAGUGCCGCCGCGCGGCUGGGAGGCGCGGGCGCCGUCGGGAGGCGGGGGCGCGGGGCUCGGGGAGCAGGAGCGCCCCGCCCGCCGCGCCCGCGAGGUGCCGCCGCCCCGCCGUGGCCCUCGCCGCCGGGGCCCCGCGGAGCUUGGCCCGGCGCUCGGACCUCGCUGCCCGCCCGGCGCCGGAGGCCCCCGCGCAGCCCACCGGCUCGAGCGAAGGCCGCGCGCCCCCUCCCCGCGGCCCGAGGCGAAGCGCGCCCCCUGGCGAGGCGGGCCCACCCUCUCCCGCGCCGACACCCCGACGGCGCGGCGCCCCGCAGCCCCGCAGCCCCGCAGCCCCGCAGCCCCGCAGCCGCGCGCCCGACCGCGGGACCCUCGCCCCGACUGCUGCCUUCCUCGUGGACGCGGGCCGCCGUCCCUCCCUCCCCACCCCCAGCGCCUCCCCGACGUGUGUGGGACGCGGUGGCUCGGCCUGGAAGAAGGGAACCAAGAGGUGGGACUUUGGGAAUCCUUCGGAAAGUCGAGGUGCUGGCGGUGA